GUUCGCAUUCCGUUUUUCAGAUAUUCUCGAGCUCACGAUGGCGCCCGUGCUUCUGCUUAUAGUAUUCUGUUUAACUUUGCUUUUGCUGUACAUAUUCUCCAAGCAACGGCCACCGAACUUCCCGCCAGGUCCUCCCCGCCUGCCAGUGUGGGGGAGCUACUGGUUACUGCUCCUGAAUAAUUUCAAAUUCACUCACAUUGGCUUCCAUAAACUGGCGCAGAAGUACAACACCAAAGUCCUGGGCCUGUAUCUUGGGUCCUUUCCAACCGUAGUGGUCAAUGACUACGAGAAUAUCAGGGAGGUGCUAACUCGACCAGAAUUCCAGGGCAGGGUCAAAAUGUUUGUCACAGAUGUGCGAACCUACAACAAGAACCUGGGGAUUAUUUUUACGGAUGAUGUAUUUUGGGAGCAACAGAGGCGCUUCUCAUUAAGACAUAUGCGGGACUUUGGGUUCGGAAGGAGAUUUGCUGAACUGGAAAGUAUCGCUAAGGAAGAGAUACAAGAUAUGCUGGACCUUCUCAAUGGACGGCGCGAGGAUAAGGAGAUUUUCUCAGACGGUUUCGCCCUGGUACCUGACCUUUUCCAUUCAGUAUUUUACAAUGCCUUAUGGUUCAUAAUAGCCGGACAACGAUUUCCUACCAAGGAGCACGAUAAAUUGCGAUAUUUUACUCGACAAGCCCUUCGCUUCCAGAAGUCUAUCGAUGUCACAGGGAAUGCGAUUGCGCAGACUCCCUGGAUACGACACUUCGCGCCAUAUUAUUCUGGAUAUAAGGAUCUCAUGGAGUCAACAGCAAAUUUGCUCAAGAACAUGGAGGAAGCGGUCACCGAACAUAAGGCGACUUAUUCUGAGGAUUACACACGAGAUUUCAUAGACGUAUAUCUCAAGGAGAUGAAGAAACACGAAAAUGCUCAAGAACCUUCCACUUUCUCUGAGGAGCAGCUGCAUGUAACGGGUAUAGAUUACUUGUUCCCCGCCUCCACUACUGUGACAGCCACCCUCAAUUUUGCCAUGGCGUUCCUGAUCAAUUACCCAGACGUGCAGACUAAAAUGCAGGAGGAGUUAGAUGUCGUAAUCGGGCGUGACCGUCUUCCCACCCUGGAUGACAGGACGAGAUUACCAUACAACGAGGCGUUCCUCAGGGAGGUGAUGCGCAAAGAGACGUUAGUUCCGCUGUCCGUGGCUCACAGAGCCAUAGAAGACACUGAGCUUGGUGGCUACAGCAUUUCCAAGGACACAGUGGUUAUGGUGAAUCUGUGGAGCUUCCAUAAAGACCCCAACUUCUGGGGCGAUCCUGAGGUAUUCCGUCCCGAAAGGUUCCUGAACGCGAAGGGCGAGCUGCUCAAGAAGGACUUUUCUUUGCCUUUUGGAGCAGGAAAGCGACUCUGCGCCGGAGAGACCUUCGCCCGCCAAUUCAUGUUUCUGGUACUCUCGGCUUUGGUGCAGAACUUUACAGUGAAGGGAACUCCAGGGAAAGCGCUACCCACUACGGAAGCCGACCUGCCGGGCAUCAUCGUCACCAAGAAGGACAUGUGGAUCCGGUUGGAGCCCAGGGCUUGACAUGGUCCCAACCCACAUUAAAAAAGAAUAUUAUUUUCUGUACAUGUGGAAUGAAAUCCUCAAAAGAUGAGGCGCAGUCAAUUAGAAUGCUGGACAGCGAAGACUCAAGAACAAACAUCCCAUACCAUGAAGAGAAACCGAGACAAGGCAAAGGAGUUAUAAGGCAGAGUGCAACACACAGUAUGGCUUGUUCUACAGUGCAAGUGUCCAGUUGGUCUUUCAGCCCCAGUGUGAGAGAAUGAAGAUGGUUUUCAUGUGGUAGCUUGCCUUCGGUUUGGGCCAUUAUUCGAGAGACGUCCAAGCCGAAGUAACUGGAAUUUGAUUCGCAGAAAUAUGCCUGUCUGAAUCACUGGAACUGAAGUCCGUAUAGGAAGAACAUUCAAGACUGUUGAAAGCAAAAACACAAAUAGCAUAAAAUUCUAGUCUGAAGAGUUCCUUAGUUUAUAUUAAUUAAAUAAAAGAUGCCACGUUGGUCUGGGCUUGAGCAAUGCAUAUUGUAGCGUGUAGACCCGUUACUGGGUAAUGACCGCGAAACGCACAACGAAACAACAUCCGCUGCUAGGUAACAGAUUCUUAAUAAGCAAAUGUGCGCAGCCGUUACUGCAUGACGCAAACAAACACGUUCCCACGGCAACGAAUCCAUACGCACCAAUAGAGGAACUGUUGGAAACGGUGUAUUCUACGUGGUCCAGACCAAGGAGUUAUCAGUGGGACAACGGGGGUAUAACCGGGCCACCCUGUUCCUAGGGGAUAUAAAUAUGAAGACUUGGCCCUCCAGAUUGCGGGAGUCUCGCAUCAGAGACAGUAAAGUCCCACGGGUCUCGGAACUGAGAAUGACUGUGCUGGCGAGGGCCAGCAGCAAUUGUAAACUACAGAUCAGUCCUCUCGUCAGAGAGGAUGUUACAUAAGGACCAUGACCGCAAGUGUUCAGUUGGGGGAAAAAUUACUGGUUAUGAGUCUCAAAGGGUUUGUCGACAAGACGAACCGAUUGGUGGUAAACCGUCAGUCGUAAAGUAACUCUUGACUCUGGGUUUAGUUCAGUUGUGGAAUAUUCGCCGGACAGUAACAACGUGAGCACAGAAGCUGAAGAA